CUUCCCACUCAUUUUCAGUGGAAAACAAAAUUCGCUCUCUAUUAUCUGCUUUAUACUUUUUCAUCUAUAUAUUGAAAAAUUUGGUGGUUAACAUUGUUCGUCGUCUUCUUAUGAAUCAAAAGAACAAUUUUAGCCAACAAAACAACAAUCGGAUCUUUGUUUUUCCAAUAAAAUAAACGUUUUUGUCAGUCAAAUUUCUUUCUUGUCUUGAAUCAUCUCCUUUCCCCUUCUAUUUAUCGUUUCAUCCAUAAAGCAACACAAAGAUAAUUGCAAGAAUCCUACACACAUAAUUACAAAUAUAUUGGCAGGAAUGGGUAGGAAGAACCGAAAGAUAAACAAAGGGAGGGUUUCAAGACCCGGCAGUUAUGCAAUACCCGCAUCCAUAAUGGAUCCGACCUGUAUUUCUUGCACCACCUUCAACAUUCUUGCCCCCAUUUACAAAAGACUCAAUCCCGAGGACCAGACUUGCAGGGAAAGUGAUGUGAAAGAUUAUUGGUUACAAAGGAAUAAUAGGAUUUUAGAUUGGUUGUUGUAUGAAAGAUCUGCCAUAAUUUGUCUUCAGGAAUUCUGGGUUGGGAAUGAAGAGCUCGUUAAUAUUUAUGAUAAGAGGCUUGGUGAUGCUGGAUAUAUCAAUUUAAAACUUGCACGGACAAAUAAUCGCGGCGAUGGUCUCUUGACUGCUGUACAUAAGGACUACUUUAGGGUCAUCAGCCAUCAAGAUUUGUUUUUCAAUGAUUUUGGAGACCGCGUUGCUCAGCUAUUACACGUUGAACUUAUUGCGCCCUUCUCACUAUGUCGAAAUAGCAAUCUUUGCCGAGAAAUUCUUAUAGUGAACACGCACUUAUUGUUUCCACAUGAUUCAAGUUUGUGCUUGGAAAGACUGCGACAGGUCUAUAAAAUAUUGGUAAAUAUUGAAUCAUAUCAAAAAGAAAACAAGCUCAGUCCAAUGCCUAUUGUACUCUGUGGUGACUGGAAUGGAAGCAAGAGGGGUCAUGUUUACAAGUUUCUUAGAUCUCAGGGAUUCGUAUCGUCAUAUGAUACUGCUCAUCAUUACAGCGAUUCAGAUGCCCACAAGUGGGUAAGCCAUCGGAAUCAUCGUGGGAACAUCUGUGGUGUAGAUUUUAUAUGGCUCCUUAAUCCCAAUAGAUAUGGGAAAUUACUGAAAACAAGUUGGAGUGAAGCAGUGUUUGCAUUAUUUAAGUAUCAACUUCGGCGAGCCUCUUUGACAGAGGACGAUGCAUUUGCCUUUCUGAAGGCUGAUAGCAAUGGCGAUUACAUUACCUUCUCUGGUUUCUGUGAAGCAUUGCGACAGCUUAAUUUGAUCGGCCACUGCUAUGGAUUGAGUGUUAAAGAGACUAAUGACUUGUGGGUGCAAGCAGACAUCGACGGGAAUGGUGUUAUUGAUUAUAACGAAUUUAAGCAACGAAUGUGGAAUACAACAUGGUCAGAGGAAACAGACGAAGUGAGCAAUGAGGUCGGAGACGAUGUCAAUGUAACGGAGCAAACUAUAGGUUUCAUUGUCGAGAAUGCAGUUCUAUUUCCAACAGAUGUAGAGAAAGGAAUGUGGCCCGAAGAUUAUUCACUUUCUGAUCAUGCCCCACUCACCGCGGUUUUUUCGCCAGUGAAAAUGCCAUGUUCUCGUAUGAUAUUAUGACCAGUGUUUGUCACAUCUUUGGUCGGACAUGAUGUUUUCUAAAGAUAAUCGAAGUAACAGAAUUCGACUGUUACUUUGGAGAUGUUUUUUCGACGUAGAUGAAAUCAGUCCAGUAUUGUGUGCCAAAUAUACUGUCACUAUGCUUUGUUUUGGCCUUUUUAUUUAGACUGCAUUAGAAACAGAAAAACUGACGGGUAGAAGUAAAAAUUGAAGGAAGAAAGAAGUAAACUGUGAAUAGUUUAUAGAAUUAGGCAUCAAUUUAGCAAUCUACUUUUGUAUUUUGGUAAGAUUGUACCUUCUAAAUCUCCUUUCUUUUGAUUUUUGCUAUGUAUAUACGGAAUUAGAGUUUGAGUCCUGCAUUCGAUCAGGUAAAUUGGGAAUUGUUUGAAGCUCA